AUGCUGGAUCCCAUGUACGCUGGCAGUUCAAGACCUAUGAAGCGCGUGCGGGUGCUUGCGCCUCGGCAGACGGAAGCUACGACAUCGGAGACAGAGGCAUCGACGUCUGCAGGGACGGACCCGACUGCAACUACACUAGCACCGACGUCUCAAAUCACUGGACGGCAGGAUGCGCCCAACGAUGCUUCAACUACCUCUGCAGGGUCCGACACGGCUACCACGUCCCCAGGAGACGCCGGAACCAGCAGCGAUACCUCGAAUGACUCUGGCACGACUUCCCAAACAACCGAUUCGUCCCGCACAACGCACAACUCUUUGACGGAUUCGAAUAACCAAUCAUCGCCCACCGAGACGACGCCUACGUCGACUACCACAGACACCUCGACUUCUUCCUCUACGUCGACAACCACGUCCACGUCCACUACAACUUCGGCAUCGACUACCUCACAGUCGACAACUACCUCUACGAGCAGUAGCAGUACAACGUCGACUAGUACCACCUCUACCUCCGCUUCCACCUCAACAUCCACCACCUCGACCACUGAUGCCUCUACCUCAACGACGUCUUCAUCAUCAACAACAACCCCUCCACCGUCUUCCGGCAGUACUUCUUAUUUCACGUCGUCUACGGUCAUCACGAAGGAUGGGCAAGUGUCCACAUCGUACACCGUGAUCCCGACGAUCUGGAGCGGCCAAAGCACGCCCAUGAGCGCCUCCCAGCGCACCGCCAUCAUCGCCGGCAGCGCCGUUGCGGGCGUCUUCCUCCUCACCCUCCUCGGCGCGCUCCUCUUCUUCUACAAGCGCCACCAGUACAAGAAGCUCUUCUUCUUCCGGCGCCGGCCCGCGAAGCCGCGCUCGCAGCUGCUCGCGGGCGAGGACUUCGACGACGCGGAGACGCCGAUGCAGCAGUACCGCGAUGACCCGUUCGCGCCGCCCGGUCGCGGCAGCUUCGACUCGAGCGGGAGCCCGAGCCUCAUGCGCCCGCGCGCGGAGACGGGGAGCGUGUUCCACGAGGCGGUGUGGCCGCCGCCCUCGGGCUCGGGGCGCCUCGUCGACCCGCUCGUCGCCGGCUCGAGCCAGGUCGACCUCGGUGGCAUCGUCGAUAACGUGAUGGGACCCGGGCGGGGGCAGGGGCAGGGCAGCCAUAUACGUGGGGGCACGGAUGCGAGCGAGGUCAGCCUCGACUCGUAUUACCCGCCGUCCCGCCAUGGAAGGGAUCUCUCGACGAGCUCGCAGACUGGGUUGUUGGAGACGCAGGAGGGACUCAAUACACCACCGCAUCGGCCGAGCCCGCUCGCUGGAGACGGGGCGCAGGGAGAGGGCUCGACGCAUAAGCGCAAUUGGCUGGAGAGGUCGCCGAAGAAGGUCAAUUUUAGCGGGGAUCCAUCGAGUCCGCCUGGAUUGGGUGUUGCCAUGUAAAAACCGUGGUUCUCCGGCCCUCGACAUCUCCUGAGUUACUCUAUCUGCUCCGACAAGAUUUUAUCGGGCUCUGCAAUAACAUUCACUCAACAUCACGACAUAUACGACCGGACUUUCGUUCUUUGAUAGACUCCUCUGUUUUCUGUCGGCAUCACGGACCUUCACUCGCGGACCUGUCGUAUAUCUUAUAGUAUGUCUCUUCCCGUGCAUUCUGUCGUGUUAUCAUUGGCUGCUUCCUCCAUCGAGCAUAUCCUCAGCCUGCGUGUUAUAUUCUAGUUUAUCGCGCGCUCUGCUUCAACCCCC